UGACCCCAGCACAAAUAAAAUCAAUUUGCCUGGCCAUACUAGAGUCAGGAAAGCAGUAUGCAGUGAAGAAGAGGAAACCAUUCCCGCUCAUGUAUUCCUACUAUGGAACAGAAUAUCUUGGUGCAGCACAUGGGCUUUCAUCAAUCCUUCAGAUGUUGCUUUCCUAUUAUGAGUAUCUGCAGCCAGCAGAUCAGGAGCUUGUGUGGCAGAGCGUUGAUUUUCUUAUGGACCAAGAACAGAACAGCAACUGGCCUCCUGAGCUGGGAGAGACAAUCGAGCGGGAAAAUGAGCUUGUACACUGGUGUCAUGGAGCUCCAGGCAUUGCAUAUCUGUUCGCCAAAGCUUACCUGGUUUCCAAAAAGCCUCAGUAUCUGGACACUUGUAUCCGCUGCGGGGAGCUCACCUGGCAGAAGGGCCUGUUGAAGAAGGGACCUGGAAUAUGCCAUGGAGUGGCUGGCAGUGCUUAUGUGUUCCUGCUGCUGUACAGGCUCACUGGAAACUCAAAAUACAUAUACAGGGCACAGAGGUUUGCAGAGUUCUUAUUUACAGAAGAAUUUAAGGCUGGUUCCCGGGCAUUAGAAAGCGUAUAUAGUCUGUAUGAAGGUUUCUCGGGAACUGUGUGUUUCCUGACUGACUUGCUGCAACCCAACCAAGCCGAGUUUCCUCUCUUCAGUGUCUUUGUCUAGAGAGUAACGUUCUCCAGGGCCAC